AUAAUAAUAAUAAUAUUUUCUUUCUCUUCUUCAGAUAUCCUAAGGCGGUUGAGAUUUUUGAAGCGAUAGCCAAGCAUUCGAUGAACAACAAUCUUCUGAAGUACAGUGUUAAAGGAAUUCUCCUCAAUGCUGGCCUCUGCCAGCUUUGCAGGGGCGAUGUUGUUGCAAUAACAAACUCAUUAGAGCGAUACGAGGAAAUGGAUCCGACCUUUUCAGGGACGCGUGAACACAAGUUUUUAGCUGAUUUAGCUGCAGCAAUUGAUGAGGAAGAUGUUGAGAAAUUCACUAGUGUGAUCAAGGAGUUCGAUAGCAUGACCCGGCUGGAUGCUUGGAAAACCUCUCUACUCUUGAAAGCGAAGAAUGCACUGAAAGCCAAAGAAGAAGAAGAGGAUGAUCUUACCUAAGUCUUCUCUCUGUCUUUCACUCCAUGCUUUCGGUUUGUAUUUUACUAAUUUGCAUCAUGCUGUGGUGGAACUCUCUUGCGCCUUCUUUCACCUAUUAAUAUGAUCGAUCAUUUUGUAUCUACCUUGGUUUGGGAUAUCACUAUUUAGAUAGAUUGGAUUCGUUUUCUAGAGUUGUGUCCAUGGGUUGUCUCUUGAAUGGUUGAUUUGUGUUGAUAAUAAACAAGAACCUUUCACUGGAAAAGCGGAUGAUUUGAAUUGUUGCUACAACGGUGACCUUGUGAUUGGUCCCACCUUAUCAGGUUAGGUCCUUUCAGGCUACGAGGUUGGAUUUGUAUGAGAUGCUUUGGACCCACACUAGAAUUUUCUGCUUCCCAAUUGAGUGUGGGUGGUUGGGAUUUGUUAUUUUAGUAGGGAUGGUGGGAAUCCUGAAAUCGUACAUUGUUCUUGGAACUCAAAAUCUAUGUUACUAUGGAUCUGUGGUGACCCCUGAAUCUCUUCUCUGCUAUAUUCCCCUCUUCUCUGGAUUCCAAUGUUAUUCCGGAAGUGUUUAUUUUGCUUGUUA